AUGAACUUACUGGACCAAUUCACUUCAAUACAGCUUGAUCGCGAUGACGACGAUAAUCGGCAACUGGAGACACGAGAGGAGGCGAUUGAGGAAGAAAGCGGCAGUGUUGCUGCCAGCGAUAAACUGAAAGACGAAGAUGGCAGAGAUUCAGAGGAUGGCGAUAGCGAUGGUGAUUUGUUGAUACCGGCCACCACCAAAGACGCACCGCCGCAAUAUGAACCCGUUGAUCCCGCCCCAACGCUGCCCGAGCUUUUAUCAAAGUCCGCAUCUCCUCCUCACCUGUCGGAGGUCGCCGAACCAACCGCAACUAAAAACGAUAUUCCCAAAAUAUCGCCUUCUCCCGAACUCGCAGUUCAACAGGAAGAGCUGCCAGUCCCACCCGCCACCGACUUUUCGAAAUAUCAUGAGUUGUAUACUUUGGAAUCUUCAGUACAACAACCAAUCAAGGACAUGGAUUCUCUGCUGAAGCCGUUUAUGAACUACCUCAUUGUUACCAAGACCAAUAAUCCUCUCGUGCUCAAGCUUAAUCAUCUUCCAGUGCCAGAAGAAUCUGAUGGCAACCAAGUGCCGGACGUGGUCGAACUCUCCACACGUCGACGUUAUGGAGACUUUCGUUAUUUACACGAUUCAUUAUCGAAAGAUUACCCUACGUUGGUUAUCCCGCCUUUACCACUGAAGCUGAAUUUGAAGUAUUUGACAGGAGACACGUUCAGCAAUGCUUUUAUCAAGAAAAGGCUACAUCUGCUCAAUACUUUCAUUCGAUUCAUUACUAACCACAAGAUUUUGUCGCAACUGUCGGUAUUCCAUUUGUUUAUCCUGGAUUUGAGCGACUGGAAUACGUUUACGAAGCUGUUGAAGCUUAAGGAUGUGGAGGAACAACUGGGGUUUGGUCGAAUGAAUGAAGAGUUAGCCGAUACAUUUAUGAAUUUCAUGACGCCGUCGAAGUACAAGCAGGAAAAUAACAAAGAGAUUUUGGAUAUUAGCGAGAAACUAAAGAGAUUAUAUGAGAACCUUGUGCGGCUCAACCGUCUAUUCACCAAACUCAACAAAAAGCAUAAUGAUUUGAGUUUUGACUAUAGCCAAUUCUCGAAGCAAAUCAACAAGCUCUCGCAAGUUGCUGCAUCUCUGGACAGUAAUGGUGCAGGCACCGCUGCAGCCGAUCUGGCCAUGGUGAAUAACUUCCAAGUUUUCGCUGAGGCUCUAGAGUACUUUGCCGAUCUGUGGAAAAAUUUGCACGCUUAUUUUGACGAACUGUUUUUGGUAAGUCUCAAGAAUUGCGCUAAGUACAUUGUGAGUCUCACUAACUUGAUCAAUCUCCAACAUAAUAAGCGCAUUGAUCUUCAAGUAUUGCAAGAUUACCACAACAAAGCUCAAGCUGAAUUAAUUGCUAUGGGAGGCACUACGUCAGCUGCAUCCGGUGCUCAAGGGUACCAAAGCCAAGGACUCGUAGGGAACACUGCUCAACUUAUUCGUGACACCUUGUCGACGCUGGCCCUGGGUCUGAUUGGUCUGGCGCUGACUGACAACAAAAUGGCCAAGGUUCAAAGUCGCAUUAAUCAGUUGCAGCAUGAGAUCGAUAUUCAAACCAAAUUAGUCAACGAGCUCACCAACAACAUCGUUUGCGAAGAAUACCCAAAUUGGGAUCGCUUCAACAAGAAUGAGGUGAAAGAAGCUAUGGUUGGAAUGUGUGAUCAACAGAUUCUGUUUUAUCAGGGCCUUAUCGAUAACUGGACAGACGCCGAGUUUAAGCUCUUGAAAAGGCUUGAUGAACUUAAUUGA